UUACUCCAAAUGAAGCACGGUCAACCCAACUGCUUGGAGCCAAGCAACCGUCAGAGGCCAAAUCCUGCGAGGGGCUUCACCUUCUCACAUGUCUCUCUUCUCGCUUCACAUUGAAACACACACACACACAUUUUAGGAGACAGCUGCAAUGAAGCCUAGAUCUUCAGUGAAGAGGACCUUCAUCAGUGUCUCCAUCUAUGGGAAAAGUACCGGUGCUGAGCUUGGACUUGAGCUUUUGGUUGGAUUUUGCGUUUGAUCUUAGAGUUGGAUAAAGUUUGAGCACAGGAUGAUGCUAGAGAUGCAAAACCCCGAGGAUAGUGGUGGUGGUGUUGGAGGUUCUAGCUUUGUGGACAUGCUGGGCACUGAAGAGAUGGAGUGUAAGAUCUGCUACUGCGCCUACAACCUGGGGAGUCGAAGGCCUAAGGUGCUUGAGUGCUGCCACCGUCUCUGCUCCAAAUGUCUCAUUAAGAUCCUGGAUUUGGGUGAGUCGCCUCCCAAUGCCUUGGUGUGUCCGUUUUGUCGCUAUCUCACUAGACUGCCGGGAGAUGCUGUGAGCAACCUGCCAGAUGACUGCAACCUGGUGGCAACGCUGGCCCUCCAAAACAGGAAUCAGAGAAACCGGCAGUUCCACCAGGAGGCAACUACGGAGCUGCUCCUAAGCCCCAUGCGCCUGAGCUCACUGAUGAGCAGCAAUUCACCUGUGAUAUCUACUUCCUCCUCCACAUCUUCCUCUACCCCUUACUCCACCAUCCGCAGUUCCCCUAAUUUUGUGGUCAUUACUAUCAUGGAACCUCCGCCCGCAUCCAUAUCCACCCAAGACAUCCAUCCCUACCAGCAGAUGCAUGGCUCUCACCUGUCAAACCAGGACUACCACUCAUCCAGUCAGGACUCUAUGGCAUCCAUCGCAGAGAGGUGGACAGUGUGGAACUGUGCAGCCCUCCUGUGCCAGACUUCAGCCCGGGCAUUGGUAUGGGUCCUGGGGCUCUUGUACUUUAGCUCCCUGCCUAUGGGGGUUUACCUGCUCAUAAUGCAGAGGACAACACUUGGGGUGCUUCUGGUGAGCCUGGUUCCUGCUAGCCUCAUCGUGAUCAUGGUCUAUGGGUUCUGCCAGUGUAUCUGCCAUGAGUUCUGGGACUGCUUACCAUCAUAAUGCAACCAAAUGAACAGGCAAUGCUUUGCUUUGAACAUGCUUGACAAUAGAUCUCCAGAAUUGACUAAUGGGGAUGUUACU